AUGACGUCGACUUCGACUGCUGCUGCCGCCGACGCAACUUACACAGGGGCGGCGGCGUAUGAUACUACCGUGCUUAACCCGCCCGCACCUCCAACAGACCUCGUGAAGGAUUUUCCUGUACAGCUCCUCUCGGGUGGUAUGGAUGGUCUGUCGAUCAAGCAGAAAGGCAGCUUCAUGGGAUUCAGUAUUGAGCUGUCUGUCGCAGAUCAGAUUCUGGGGAAAAACUCUAGUCACUUGCAGGUACCAUUCCUGAACCACAUGUCUGCCCUCAAGGCGCGUGCGGGCAAGGUCUCCAUCCGAGUGGGAGGCAAUACGCAGGAAGCCGCAGUGAUGUUCCCAGAGGGGUUCAACACAGGAUAUGUUAUCCAAAAGUUCCGCCGACCAGGUUCCACGCCGACCGAAACCCCUUUGAUCUACUUCUCGCCCGAGCUCAUCUAUUCAAUGAAGAAUAUUUCGUCCUUGAUCCCCACCGAGUAUUACUUUGGUCUGAAUUGGAUUGAUCCUAAUAACUUUACCAACUCCGUACUUGUCGCCGAGACCGUCGAGUCUAUUCUUGGAAGUGAUCUGCUCGCCCUGCAACUCGGUAAUGAACCUGAUCUAUACGACCAGCAUGGAAAACGCCCACAAAGUCCCUAUACCUUCGACAUUUACAUGAAUGAGUUCCAACAGGCUGUGACCCAGCUUAAUGCGGCUCCAGCAUUCACCAACAAGGAUAUCCUGCUUGCGCCUUCGUCGUGUUGCAUGUGGAAUGAGACUGAGUUGUUCCAAGCUGGGUUUGUUGAACGUUUCAAAAAUGACCUAAAAAUCCUCGCGGUCCAACACUAUCCGACCAACAAUUGCAAGAUUAAUGGAAAUAUCCUCGAUCCACAAGCAAUCUACCCCGAUUUCUUGAGACACGCCAACACCGGUUACUCGCCUGUAUCCAUGGUUAACCCAUAUCGGUCGUCUAGUGCCAUCGCACAACAGUACGGGAAGCCUAUUGUCAUGCUCGAGACCAACACGGCGUCUUGUGGUGGCUUCCCGGGUAUCAGCGACAGUUUCGGUGCAGCCCUCUGGGCUGCGGAUCUCGCGUUCCAACUCGCGUCCGCCAAUUUUUCGCAGGUUCUUCUCCAUGUUGGUGGACAAAACGUCUACUAUAAUCCUUUCACUCCUCCGCCAACCAACCAAUCCACUUUCCAUCAAUGGACUACCGGCGCAAUCUUCUACGCGACCCUUGUUACCGCCGAGGCGUUCGGUCCCAGCGGAAACUCCCAAAUUGUCGACUUGUUUAUGAAUGGUGGCAGUGAUUAUACCCCUGGAUACGCCAUCUAUGAAAACGGUAGCCCAUCCAAGGUUGUCCUUUUCAACUAUAUCACCGAUCCCAGUGGUGCCAGCGACUAUGUUGCUCAUAUUGCCAUUGGUGGAGGACAAACUGGUCAACCUGCUGCCAUUCCCAACUCCGUCAAAGUCCGUCGCUUGUCCGCUGCGUCGGUUAACCAGAAGUACAACGUAACUUGGGCUGGACAAACCAUGGGUGACCAAUUCAAUUCGGACGGGCGCAUGAAGGGUGAACUUCAAACCGAAACAAUCCAGUGUGACACUGCUGCUGGUUCUUGCGCAAUUAACGUCAAGGCUCCUUCUAUCGUUCUCGUAUUCCUAAACGACCAAACUCUGGCAGACUCGACUCCCCCGAAUGAGGGUCCUCAGACGUUCGCCACUACUGCCGCCACUAAAAUCCACAACACCGCAACCGUCGACCAGGCGGUGCUCUCCACCUCGAAUGGCCGUGGAGGAGGUCACUACGGAGGCGGAAGAUUGGGUAGUACCAGUGCCGGCUCCGUCAGCUCGGCGUGGCGGGCCGCCAUACCUGGCAUGGUCGCAGUUGUAGGUGGUGCACUCGGAGCCGCAUUUGUUGCAUUCAUUCGAUGUGUGAUGUGCAUGCGUUACGCUUGA